GCGGAGUUCAGCGCCUCGUGCGACGCCUGCGCUGGGCCCUGAUGCUCCAGGGGAGGCGGAAUGAAAAUGCUCCCGGGCGUGGGGGUGUUCGGGACUGGCAGCGCCGCCCGCGUCCUGGUGCCCUUGCUGAGAGCCGAGGGCUUCUCCAUCGAGGCGCUCUGGGGGAAGACUGAGGAGGAGGCCAAGCAGCUGGCCGAGGAAAUGAACAUCGCCUUCUACACGAGCCGCAGCGACGACGUGCUGCUGCACCAGGACGUGGAUCUGGUUUGCAUCAACAUCCCCCCGCCGCUGACCCGCCAGAUUGCUGUGAAAGCCCUAGGAAUAGGGAAGAACGUGAUCUGCGAGAAAGCCGCUACCUCUGUGGACGCCUUCCGGAUGGUCACGGCCGCCAGGUAUUACCCCAAGCUGAUGAGCCUCGUCGGCAACGUUCUCCGCUUCCUGCCCGCCUUUGGGAAGAUGAAGCAGCUGAUAGAGGAGCGCUACGUGGGCAACGUGAUGAUCUGCGACGUGCGCGUGUACGGCGGGAGCCUGCUGAGCCACAAGUACAACUGGAUCUGUGACGAGCUCAUGGGGGGAGGCGGCCUGCACACCAUGGGCACCUACAUCAUCGACCUCCUCACUCACCUCACCAGCCGCAGGGCCCACAAAGUCCACGGCUUGCUCAAGACUUUUGUGAAGCAGAACACGGCCAUAAGCGGCAUCCGCCACGUCACCAGCGAUGACUUCUGCUUCUUCCAGAUGCUCAUGAGCGAGGGCGUCUGUUGCACUGUGACUCUCAACUUCAACAUGCCCGGCUCCUUCACCCAUGAGGUCAUGGUGGUCGGCUCCGCCGGGCGCCUCGUGGCCCGUGGCACGGACCUGUAUGGGCAGAAGAACACGGCGCUGCAGGAAGAGCUGCUGUUUACAGAUCCUCUGACUGUCAACAAGGGCCUUUUGGAAAAGGGCUUUAAAGACAUCCCGCUGCUCUACCUGAAAGGAAUGGUGUACAUGGUGCAAGCCUUGCGACAGUCCUUCCAAGACCAGGAGGACCGGCGGACGUGGGAUCAUAAACCUGUUUCUAUGGCGGCCUCUUUUGAGGAUGGCCUCUACAUGCAGAGCGUGGUCGAGGCCAUCAAGAAGUCCAGCCGCUCGGGGGAGUGGGAGGCCGUGGAGGUGAUGACUGAGGAGCCGGACGCCAAUCAAAACCUUUGCGAGGCGCUGCAGAGAAAUAACUUGUGAGCGGCCCGUCUGGCCUGCUGGGACCAUUAACGGUUCUGGCUGCAACCAUAAAAAUCUCUGGUUUUAGGAUAUGUCGAUUCUUAUUUAAUAUGCUGAGUCUCUUGAAGCUUUGUUUUUUAUGUGUGUAAAAUAUGUCACGUGCUGAUAGAAACUGUUCUGAUUGGAAAGUCUGUGAAGAGUUUUUGAGUAUUUCGGGUUUUCCAAGUGUUUGUUUUUUUUCUUUUGGUUUGUUUUUUUCUCUGUCUUGGAGACUGUAAAGAAAACUUGAAUUGCCCUUUGCACGUGCAGCAGCUGAAGGGAAGCGCGGGAUCUCUGCCCUUGCAUCCCAGGAGAUCCUGGGAUCCAAGGAUCCCUGGGAUCCUUGCGAUCCCAGGAGAACCGGUGCUUAUUUUAACAGUUUUAGCAUAAAAGCAAGUAGAGCGGGAUUGGGGAGCAUCGACUGCCGGGCUGCCUUUGCYGUGGGGCGCGGUUGUGUUCACACUACAGCCAGCCCCGUGGCUAAGGAGCGGGGACUGUCCCCGUCCYGGGAAGCUUGUUCCCGAUCUCAAGCACUGCGUCUCUAUCUCCUGGCCCUGGCCACCUCACGCCCUCGUCCARAGGAGCUUCCCGGCCCAGCGCGAGGGGAAGCUCGUUCCCUUUGGGACACGUUUCUCUCUUAGGCAGCCGUUUGGAAAGGAGAAUCCAGUUUUACUACAUUUAUUUUGUGUACUUGAAAGCUUUUAAAGUGUGCUUUCCCACUAACGUGUAACCCUGUGUAUUUAUGUACGUUGUGACACGCAAGCAGCUUUUUCAUGAGCUGGUCCUUCCUGAAGAGCAUCUGACUU